CAUGUCUUUUGUUUCUUCUUUUCCCUCUCCUUCUUCUUCUUCUUCUUCAAGCUUUCUUAAUCUUUCUCAGCUUCUUCUUCUUCUUCUCUUGUUCUCGCCAUGAUUGACGAGAAGAUGAGAUCUAAAUCCAUUGGUCCUCUCCUGAGACCAGUAAAACCUUUGAGUCCUCGCAUGGUUCUCUUUGUCCUUGUCUACGUUCUUUCCCUUUCUGUCUUCUUUCUUACAGUUUCAGAGGCUGUUUGUAAUCUUCAGGAUCGAGAUUCUCUCCUUUGGUUCUCUGGCAACGUAUCAUCUCCACUCUCUCCUUUGCAUUGGAAUUCGUCCACUGAUUGUUGCUCCUGGGAAGGUAUCUCUUGUGAUGAUUCUCCCGAAAAUCGUGUCACUUCGGUUCUUUUGCCCUCUAGAGGACUCUCUGGCAAUCUCCCGUCGUCUGUUUUGGAUCUCCGCCGUCUCUCUCGUCUCGACCUUUCUCAUAACCGUCUCUCUGGUCCACUCCCACCAGAUUUCCUCUCUGCCCUUGAUCAGUUAUUGGUUCUUGAUCUUAGUUACAACAGUUUCAAAGGUGAAUUGCCACUUCAACAAUCAUUUGGCAAUGGAAGCAACCGAAUCUUUCCAAUUCAGACCGUUGAUCUCUCCAGCAAUCUUCUUGAGGGACAAAUCCUCGACGGUUCUGUUUUUCUCGAGGGUGCUUUCAAUUUAACCAGUUUCAAUGUCAGUAACAACAGCUUCACGGGUCCUAAUCCUUCCUUCAUGUGCACAACUUCACCGCAGCUCACCAAACUGGAUUUCUCCUACAAUGAUUUCAGUGGUGAUCUCUCUCAAGAAUUAGGCAGAUGCUCGAGACUCAGUGUUCUUCGAGCAGGCUUCAACAAUCUCUCUGGGGAAAUCCCUAAAGAAAUCUACAAACUUCCUGAACUCGAGCAACUCGUUUUACCAGUCAACCGUCUUUCUGGCAAGAUUGAUGAGGGGAUUACUCGUCUCACCAAACUGACAUUGCUUGAGCUUUACUUCAAUGACCUUGAAGGAGAAAUACCAAAGGAUAUAGGUAAGCUUUCCAAACUGAGAAUCCUCCAACUCCAUAUCAAUAACCUCACGGGUUUUAUCCCGGUUUCUCUCGCCAAUUGCACAAAUCUCGUGAAGUUGAAUUUACGAGUUAAUAAGCUGGGAGGAAAUUUAUCGGCGAUAGACUUCUCCCAGUUUCAGAGCCUCAGCAUUCUGGACCUCGGAAACAAUACCUUCACUGGGGAAUUUCCCUCUACGGUUUACUCCUGCAAAACGAUGACAGCAAUGAGGUUUGCAGGCAACAAGUUAACUGGACAGAUAUCUCCUCAAGUACUGGAAUUGGAAUCCCUGUUGUUCUUUACUUUUUCAGACAAUCAAAUGACAAACCUUACAGGUGCUCUCCGCAUUCUGCAAGGCUGCAAGAAGCUGUCUACUCUGAUCAUGGCAAAGAAUUUUUACGACGAAACAGUACCAAGCGACAAAGACUUUCUUGAUUCAGAUGGAUUUCCAAGCCUCCAAAUCUUCGGUAUCGGUGGAUGCAGAUUGAAAGGUGAAAUACCAGCUUGGCUGAUCAAGCUCCAGAGGGUAGAAGUUAUGGAUCUGUCAAUGAACCGACUUGUGGGGUCAAUUCCCGGUUGGCUAGGAACUCUUCCAGACCUUUUCUACUUGGAUCUUUCCGAUAACUUGCUAACAGGAGAGCUUCCAAAGGAACUGUUUCAGCUGAGGGCUCUGAUGUCCCAAAAGGCAUACGAUGCAACAGAGCGGAACUAUCUAGAGCUGCCGGUUUUUGUCAAACCCAAUAAUGUCACCACCAAUCAGCAAUACAAUCAGCUAUCCAGCCUCCCACCUACGAUAUACAUCAGGAGGAAUAACUUGACUGGGAGUAUACCAGUGGAGGUCGGACAGCUAAAGGUUCUCCAUAUCCUGGAGCUUCUAGGUAACAAUUUUUCGGGCAGCAUCCCCGAUGAAUUGUCAAACCUCACAAACUUAGAGAGGCUGGACCUGUCCAACAACAAUCUCUCCGGUAGAAUUCCUUGGUCACUCACGGGACUCCAUUUCAUGUCCUAUUUCAAUGUUGCAAACAACACUCUCAGUGGGCCGAUACCCACAGGGAGCCAGUUUGAUACCUUCCCAAAAGCAUAUUUUGAAGGAAACCCUUUGCUGUGCGGUGGUGUACUGCUAACCUCCUGCACUCCAACUCAGCCCUCUACUACAAAGAUUGCUGGGAAAGGAAAGAUCAACAGAAGGCUUGUUUUGGGGCUUGUCAUUGGGCUUUUUUUUGGCGUCAGUUUGAUUUUGGUGAUGUUAGCUCUGUUGGUGCUUUCCAAGAGGAGGGUAAAUCCAGGAGACUCUGAGAAUGCUGAACUGGAGAUAAAUUCCAAUGGCUCGUAUUCUGAAGUCCCUCAAGGGUCGGAGAAAGACAUAAGUCUCGUACUGUUGUUUGGAAACAGUAGAUAUGAAGUAAAAGACCUGACCAUAUUUGAGCUCUUGAAAGCUACCGACAACUUCAGUCAAGCUAAUAUAAUUGGCUGCGGCGGGUUUGGCCUUGUCUAUAAGGCUACCUUGGAUAAUGGAACAAAACUGGCGGUUAAGAAACUCACAGGAGACUAUGGUAUGAUGGAGAAAGAAUUCAAGGCAGAGGUAGAAGUUCUGUCCAGGGCGAAACAUGAGAACCUGGUUGCUCUACAAGAGUAUGGACAAGCUUGGGUAGCCACUUUGAGAGGUGACGUGUACAGUUUCGGUGUCGUCAUGCUAGAGCUUCUCACAGGGAAAAGACCAAUGGAGGUUUUCAGGCCAAAGAUGUCAAGAGAAUUGGUCGCAUGGGUGCAUACUAUGAAAAGGGACGGGAAACCAGAGGAAGUGUUUGAUAAAUUGCUGAGAGAAAGUGGUUAUGAAGAAGAGAUGCUCCGUGUGCUUGACAUAGCCUGCAUGUGUGUGAACCAAAAUCCAAUGAAAAGACCAAACAUCCAACAAGUUGUAGACUGGCUUAAGAAUAUAGAAGCGGGGAAAACAAACCAAAAUAACAGAGAAGAACCCGAAGAAGAAGAAGAGACGUAACUGUGUGUGUGCCUUGUCCUACAUUCAUCAUUGUGAUCAGAUUCAUAUAUCUGCAUAAGUACAUACACACUUAUUUUUCUUGUCAAUUGCAUAUGUUAACCAUCAUUUCCAUGUAAAUUAUAAUUUUGAUGGUAAUAGAAGCUUUGAUGAUGU